AUGGCAGACAAGACUAGAACGGAAGGGCACACGGAGGAGGAAGUUGAUUCAAGUAACGGACAAAAUGUCAAAGACUCAACGACAAAGUCGCUUCCACCAUCACAAAGAUCAGUACCUCCUACAUCACAAAAGUCGAUACCUCCUGCAUCACUUAUACCAGUACAACCAACUCCACUCACCUCUCGAGACAAAAGUACUCAAAGAUUGGUAGUAGUGUUAUCCCAGGCAUGUUUAGAAACGUAUAAGAUGAACAGCGGUGGUCCCGGAGGCGAUAGGUUUGCUUUAUUGAAUUGUGAUGAUCAUCAGGGUUUGUUGAGAAAAAUGGGAAGAGAUAUAGCUGAAGCAAGACCAGAUAUAACACAUCAGUGUUUGUUAACACUAUUAGACUCGCCCAUAAACAAAGCCGGCAAAUUGCAAGUAUACAUCCAAACAGCAAGGGGCGUGUUAAUUGAAGUCAAUCCAAGUGUAAGGAUCCCCAGAACAUUCAAGAGAUUCUCAGGAUUAAUGGUUCAGUUGCUACACAAAUUAAGUAUUAGGUCUGAAAAUUCCAAGGAAGUCUUGUUGAAAGUGAUCAAGAAUCCAAUCACUGAUCAUCUACCUACCAAAUGUAGAAAAGUUACUUUAUCGUUUGACUCCAAGGUUGUAAGAGUCCAGGAUUACGUGUCUACCUUAGAUGACAAUGAGAGUAUCUGUGUAUUUGUUGGUGCCAUGGCCAGAGGUAAGGAUAAUUUUGCUGAUGAGUUUGUUGAUGAAAAAAUCGGAUUAUCUGACUAUCCACUAUCGGCAUCUGUUGCUUGUUCCAAGUUCUGUCAUGGGUGCGAAGACUUGUGGGGGAUCUACUAA